AUGGCUUUUGAAAGUACAGAGGUAACCGAACCAAGUCGACUGCUAUGCUUGCCAUUCGAGCUGCGAGAAGAAAUCUGGACGUAUCUCUUCAACUCCACGAGACUAUCGUUCGGCCUGCGAUACUCUCCCCGCCAUGGGGAGCGGCUCAUGAGACCAGCACCGCAUUCUUUGGCCCUCUUGCGCAUCUGUCAUCAAACCUACGCUGAAACGCACGACAUCUGGAUCCAACGUGUACUGUUCAAUUUUGAAGAUCCACAAACAAUGCUUAACAAACUGUCGGAGAUACCAGAGUCUACCGUGGCUAAGAUCCGUCAUCUACGACUCGUUGGCUCUCCCAUGAUGCGCUAUCUCAAAGGUUUCGAUGACUUGAUGUACCGACAGGACUCGGUGUUCCAUCUCGUCCCUGCCCUCCGACUUGAUUGCCUGACUAUCAUCGCCGUGGCCCCUGCUGCGCCAGAGUACGAUGCUGUCACGAACCUGAUCAAUCGUGGCAACGGCUGGAAAGAGCUUCGAUACAUUACCCGAAGUUCGCGCAUGCUCGGCUUCAGCCCAUCUAGAAGCCAUGGUUCUCGUGAAACAGGAGACAUUCGUCGCCAGCCUCAACCCAGGUUUUGGAACAAGAAGCUUUUGAACAGAGACGGCGAAGGGUCAGGAGCCGUCAUUGAAGUAUAUCGUACUCUCGAGGAAGAUGAUCCAGAAUCUGUGCUCUGCCCCUCCCGACGUGAGUUGUUCGAGCAGAACCCUGAAGAUGGACUCAAAGACUUUGGACUGGUGGACGACGAGGCAAUGACGAAAGGUGCUGGCGCCCGAAAAGCUCUUCUUGUUUCGGUGAAGCGAGGUGAUAAUGUCGACUUUUCUCAGCGCUCACCAGGUUAUGGCAAAGAGAGAGACAUGAAGGCAAGAUUCAACAAGAGAAGCUGGCGAGCGCGUAAAAAAAUCAUCAUAUGGACUCCCUUGGACAAAGAGAAGGACGACGACGACGACCACGUUGGCAAUGGAUGGGCGCGGCCUCAGAUUCGUCAACCCAUGCAGGCCUGCGACAACUACUAUGAUAUCGAUGAGAUGUGA